GAGGAGAGGGAGAGCAUCUUUGCCAGCGAGGAAGUUGAAGGAUCGAAGCUUUCUCUGAAAGGGAAAGGGGGAGCAGUCAAAGUUGCGAUUUUUUUCCGCCCGCCCUUCAUUGCCUCGUUCUUCCUCGCGUUUAAAUCUGCAUUUGUUGCCUCUGAGCUCGACCGUAGCACCUCAACUACUCCUGGCUCAGACCAGCGAAAGCUGAGAACUUAGGUGGGAGGGAGAGGUGGAAGGUGAUGCUGCAAUGGCAGCCAGCUCACCUUCUCUCGCCUCGGAGAAGAAGCCGUGGUGGCUGAGUAACAAGAAGGUGGUGGACAAGUACCUACGGGAAGCCCGGUCUCUCAUCGCGUCGCAAGAGCAGUCCAAUGUGGCCUUCGCGGUGGGCCUCCUCGACGCGGCCCUCGCCCUCUACCCGCGCAUGGAGGCCGCGCUCGAGCUCAAGGCCCGGUCUCUCCUCUUCCUCCGCCGCUUCCGCGAGGUGGCCGACAUGCUCAAGGACUACAUCCCGAGCUACAAGGUCGGCUGCGGCGCUGGAGAAGACGACUCGUCGUCCUCCUCCUCCCUAGGCUCCGCCGGCGACCACUCCUCAGUAGCUUCCUCCGCGCCGCUCACUCGGGAGCGCGCCAAUCUUCUUUCCCCCGGCUGCGAGAUGUCCGACGGCGACCGCUCUUUCCGAUGCUUCUCCGUCGCCGACCUCAAGCGUCGGGUCUUGGCCGGUAUUUCCAAAAGCUCCGACGGGGAAGGCCAGUGGAGGUAUUUGGUGCUCGGUCAGGCUUGUUGCCACCUUGGGAUGAUGGAGGACGCUAUGAUUCUCCUCCAAAGUGGCCGCCGUCUCGCUUCGGCCGCUUUCCGCCGGGAGUCCGUCUGCUUGUCGGACGACAGCUUCGGCGGCGACGGUGGCGUCGCGGUUUCUGCUCCACCGCCGUCGGAGAUGGAGUCCGUCUCCCAGCUCCUCUCUCACAUCAAGCUGAUCCUCCGGCGCCGAGCCGCCGCGCUGGCCGCUCUCGACGCCGGCCUCCCUGCUGAAGCCAUCCGCCACUUCACCAAGGUUCUGGACAGCCGCCGAGGCCUACCCGGUAACUUCGCGGCGGGAUGCCUCAUCGGCCGCGCCGCCGCUCACAAAGCCACCGGCCGCCUAGCGGACGCCAUCGCUGAUUGCAACCGCGCGCUUGCCCUCGAUCCUUCCUCCAUCCCUGCCCUCCGCGCCCGAGCCGACCUCUUCGAGGCGGUGCGCGCGCUCCCGGACUGCCUCCACGACCUCGAGCACUUAAAGCUCCUCCACGACGCCAUCCUCCGCGACCGCAAGCUUCCCGGUCCACGGUGGAGGCCCCACCACGACGUCCGCUACCGUGACAUCCCCGCGAACCUCCGCGCGCUCACCGCGCGGAUCCAGCACCUCCGCGGGCGCAUCGCCGCAGGGGAGGCCAAUAAUGUGGAUUACUACGCGCUGCUUGGCGUUCGACGCGGGUGCGCGCGCACAGAAUUGGGGCGUGCUCACCUUCUUCUGACGCUGAAGCACAAACCGGAGAAAUCCGUGGCUUUCGUCGACCGCCUAGAGUUCGCGGACGACCACAGGGACUUGGACUCAAUCCGCGACCAAGCGAGGAUGACCGCUUCGAUUCUUUAUCGAAUGUUACAAAAGGGGCACGCCAGCCUCAUGGUGGCAGUGACGGCGGAGGAGGCGGCUGAGAAGCAGAGGGCCAAGGAGGCGGCCGAGGCAGCAGCCUCUGCCGCCGCAAUCCAAAUGCCAACGGUGAUGACGGCAGACAAGCCGAUGGCAGAGAAGGCUUCCGUGUUCCAGGGUGUGUUCUGCCGCGACAUGGCCGCGGUAGGCAAUUUGCUGUCGCACAGGGCGAUUCCGGUGAAGUACGAAGCGUUGAGCUGCUGAUGAAUUGGCCGGCGAUCGGAAUUGGUUAAUUGUCUUGCUAUAUUAUGAUUGUACAGUUCGGGUUGGGGAUCAGGAUGUCGAGAGAGGCAUGAACUUGAAAUUUUGUUCCACUAUGCAGUUCUUAAUUACUACACUGUUCUUAGAUAUCCAAGUCUCGUGGUUUUCCUUUCGAUCUUAUCAAUAGCUUUCUCAUGUACGA